GGCGGUGGCGGUUCCCGUUCCCUCCGGGUGCGGUUGUUGCGUUCGGCUGUUGCGCUUUGCGCUGGGAAGGUGGUCGUGUCGGCGGGCCGGCCCGCGGGGACAGCGCUGCUUCGCCUGAGGGUCGCGCUGUGCAGCGCUUCUGCCCCUCAUCUCCGUAGUCACAGAUCGGUUUGGGCUGGGAGGGACCUUCAAAGGUCAUCCAGUCCAACCCCCUGCAAUGAGCAGGGACAUCCUCAACUAGAUCAGGUUGCUCAGAGCCCCAUCCAGCCUGGCCUGGAAUGUCUCCAGGGAUGGGGCAUCUACCACCUCUCUGGGCAACCUGUGCCAGUGCUUCACCACUCUCACUGUACAAAACUUCUUCCUCAUAUCUGUUCUGAAUCUCCCCUUCUUUGGUUUAAAACCAUCACCCCUUGUCCUGUUGCAACAGGCCCUGCUAAAAAGUCUGUCCCCAUUUUUCUUAUAGGCCCCUUUUAAGUACCGAAAAGCCUCAGUAAGGUCUCCUCAGAGCCUUCUCGUUUUUUUAGCUAAUGACGACACGUGUCCGGCUGAUGCAGGGGAGCAGCAAACUGGGCCUCCAAAAUGGGCCAGAGGAAGAGAGUUAAUGUAGUUUCAGAGAUGUUAAAUUGCUGCAUUUAGCACUCCUUUUGUUUUUUGUUGUUGUGUUUUGUUUUGUUUUGUUUUUUAAGAGCCUGCAGAUGCGUUUUUAUUAACAAUAGAAGCGUCAGGGUUUGUAUUCCUACUUGUUGCUGACAGACCUUUAAGGUUUUUCUUUGUGCAGCCUCAGGGCUGGGAAUGUCCCCAGCUGAACUGUAUUGGUCCUGGAGGCGAGGCCGAGAAUGGGACAGUGCUUGGACCCUGUACUUUGGCAGGGCAGUCUGGAUCCGCUGUGUUCCUCAUGCCUUUCUUGUCUAUGAGCUUCCAAAGGCAAAUUAUAUAUAAAAGCAGCUAUUUUAUAAAUAGAAUAUAAAUAUAAAAUAUAUAUGUUAUAUACAUAUAUAAAAGCAAGUCUUUUACAUAUAUAUAAAAGCAGCUCUGUACAAGACAUGUUAGUGUUCUCUUCAGCAGCACUUGUCACAGGGAAAUACAAUUAUGAAAUUAUGUGUUGAAAUUGAAAAACGCACAUUUCUGGUGAUGUUCUGAAGCACUAGAUAUGAAGUAGUUUUAAGUAAGUCUUUUUUUUUUAAUUUAUGAGUAUGUUUUUAAACUGUCUCCAGUUAUGAUUUUUUUAAGCAUCAUUAUAAGUUUAUCAUCAAAACUUUUUUUUUUUCCUGUAAACAGUGAAAAAUUAAGAUCUUUAUACGUAUCUUUCUGGUUCUGUGAAAUUUGGAGUUAUAUUUAAGGUAUUAUAAAUGGUGUUUUGUAGCUUUUAGGUGUAUUGCUUUUGAGAUGGAUGAAACCAACUGCAUCUAGACAGUUUGUUAACUACAUCAAGUGUUAUUUAUAAGUACAUCUAUUAUUGUACUGGGUGGUGAUAGUUAUAUUGUGAACAAGAAAAACAUGUUUCAGGAAUAAUUCUGUGGGGUGUGCAGAAGGAAGGAUGCAAAACUUAUGUGGAGGGUGUUCUGCAGAAAAAAAAAGGAUACAGUGUCUGUUCGAGUUCCAUCCUGUCCAGGACUGGUUUCCACAUGCGCUCAGCAUGGCAACAUCACUGAGAACUGCGUGGUCCACCUUCUUUUGGAUGCGUUCAGCAGCAACCUGUAAGCAGGCCCCGCUGCAGAAUGGAGCUGUGUAUCAUGCUUGCCAUAAAUCUACAUACUCAGUUCUCCCUGAAGAUUACAAUUGCAAAGUGGAACUUGCAGUCACAUCGGAUUUGAAGACAAUUGUCUGCUACCACCCUUCACUUGAGAUUCCAUAUGAGCACACAAAACCCAUACCACGGCCAGAUCCAGUGAAUAAUACAGAAGAAACUCUUGAUCAAGUUUUGAAAUCGAGAUUGAAUGAAAAAGAACUAAAGAACAGUAGAGGUCCUACAAUCGAAGAGCUCAGCAAAAUGUUUUACACAACGAAACAUCGCUGGUAUCCUGUGGGACAGUAUCAUAGAAGACGCAGGAAUCCUAAUCCUCCUAAAGACCGAUAAUUAAGAUAACUUCUUCUUCAGCAGCACUUUGCUAUUAAUCUUUAUUGGAAAUAAAAAUUACAGAAAGUUGACAUGUUUGGCAAUUUUGUGUGAGUGCUAUAAUGAAAACAUGCUUAACUUGACUAUUCUACUUCAACUAGUUGAUGGAAAAAACCAACAAAACUGCAGUAAUGCAACAAGGAUUCAGUGAAGGAUAUUGUACAUGACUGGUCAGCGAAUGUGCUAGUCUUAGAACUGGAUGGAACAGGUGAUGAAGUGCUCACAUUAAACUCAGAGGCUUACCAUUGGUAAAGUAAAUGCAUAGAAGUAUUGUGUCAAAAUGGGAAGUCUGGAACCGGACACAUUGGAGUUUGGUGUUAUUUUGAGGGAUAAUGUUUUUAGAAAUCUAGUGACUGAAAUGCAGGUGAGCUUGAAUACCGAGGUAGUAAUGAAAUAGCAUUGAUGAAAAGUAUAUGAGGUAUUUAUUAAAAUGGUAAAAUAGUUUUGGUUCUUCUAUUACAUUUGUAAGAUACCCGAUUCCAUGUUUAAUUCUACAUCAGCCAAGUGAUUGUCUUUAAGGCUAUUGUCAUGUCCUGAAAACUGGCCAACUUGGUUAAAUUUCAUCUUCCAAGGCAUCAUAACUUGCUCUUCUAAAUCACCCAGGAUUCCUGAAUAUCUGAGAUAACUUCUGUAUGCAUUCAUGGUUCAUAGGUUUGGGUUUUUUUAACCCCCAGCUCCCAUUCAGUGAGGAUACCAUGUUUGUGCAUAAAUCAGAAUAGCCAUAGCUCAGGAGAGGAGGAGUUCUCUGCUUCAGCAAGGUAACUGGUGAAGACUCCCAGCUCUUUUUAGCUUACCUACAGGGAAGGACUGGCCCUUUAUCAUAUAAAAUGCUUCAAAUUAAGGAAAUUUCAGUUGAUUUUACUUCAUAGAUUUAGCAUUUUGUAGUGCUUAAAUGUUUCUGCUAUUACAUAUUCUAUGUUAUCUAGAAUUUUCUUUCUUGGGAAAAUAAGAUUCUUUACUCCAGUCAACAGUUUUAGGCAUAAGCCUUCUGAUAGAAAGGGCUAGUGUGGGUGCCUCUGCAGAGAUCCCAGUGACUUCAUUAAGUCUUCAUAGCAGAUCCUUAUAAAUAAUCAGAAAAUAAUUAUCCCAUUUAUGUCAUACAUUUUGAUUGUACUUCCUUUCCAAAGCAACUUGGAUGAGAUAGGAAGGUUCUUCUUUCUUCUGUUAGUCUAGUGUAAUUUUGCCAGCAUGUGUCAUCUAUGCAUAUAAACCAUAUGAAGUCUCUAAUCCUGGUCAUUUUUAGUAUAAAGAACACUUUUCUAAAGUUGACACUAAAUAACUUUUUUGUUUUCCUUGAAUUUUCUUUAAUAAUGAAAAAGGCAAUGCUGGAUGCGUGUAACAUUUCCGCCUUUAAAUGCCUCUGGAAAAAUUUACAUAAAACUAGUCUAAGUAUCUUGGUAUUAUUUUAAAAAGUUUUUAAAUCCGAAUACCAGUUAGCUGAUAACGGUUUAUCAUGGCAGAGCAUGAAAAUCGUUUUGCGUAUUCUCCCUGUUACGCUUGCAAGGUAUCUGAGUCCGUGUUUAAGCCCACCUCAGCCAAGUGAUUUUUGGCUCCAUGUUCUACGAUGUGUUGCUUGUGUGAUAACAAACGUGCUGCUACCAUGAAGGGAUGUCUGUUGUGCCUGUGAAAAGGAUCGCUGCGUAUUCUGCAAGUUCAAUUGCAUGAAAAUAAUUUCUUUUUCUGCCUGGAGUAUAACUUUUUAAAAUAGAUUUUAGUAAUUCGUAGUACAAUAAAUUUUAGUAUUUUAAUCAA